CCCAGACCCGCCCGGCGGCGCAGACGGAGCUCAACGCCCGACAGGACGAAGCGGAGCGGGCCGCUGCAGAACGAAGCCACAUCGGAGACUUUGCCAGCGGCCAUGGCCCAGGAGCAAGAGGAGCCGCCCUUCGGACUCAACACCAGCGACUUUGAGGAAGAAUACUCUCAGCCGGACUUUCCCGACAGCACGCCGUUCGUCCCGGUGCAUACGCGGCCCAGACGCAAGCAGAUGAGGAACCCGUUCUACCCGGUCACCGCAGAGUCGUACGGAGCGUACGCGGUCAUGAUCACCGCCGCCGCCAUCUUCGCUUUGGGGAUCAUCGGGAACGUGUCCGUCAUGUGCAUCGUGUGUCACAACUACUACCUGAGGAGCAUCUCCCACUCGCUGCUGGCCAACCUCGCGCUCUGGGAUUUCGUUGUCAUCUUCUUCUGCCUGCCGCUCGUGGUGUUUCACGAGCUCACCAAGAACUGGCUGCUGGGAGAGUUCUCAUGCAGGAUCAUCCCCUACCUGGAGGUGGCAUCUCUCGGGGUCACGACCUUCACGCUGUGCGCGCUGUGCAUCGACCGUUUCCGAGCCGCCACCAACGUGCAGAUGUACUAUGAGAUGAUCGAGAACUGGGUGUCCACCACGGCGAAACUCGCCGUCAUCUGGCUGGGUGCCUUGCUGCUGGCGCUGCCCGAGCUGCUGAUCCGACAGCUGGUGACCGAGGAUGGCGACCAUCCCGACGUGACGCCGUGUGAGCGUUGUGUGGUCCGGAUCUCCACCGAGCUCCCGGACUCUCUGUACGUCCUGGGACUCACGUACGACGGUGCGCGGCUCUGGUGGUACUUUGGGUGCUAUUUUUGCCUGCCGACGUUGUUCACCAUCUGCUGCUCACUGGUCACUGCCCGCAAGAUCCGCCACGCAGAACGGACCAGUGUCCGCGGCAGCAAGAAGCAGAUCCAGCUGGAGAGCCAGAUGAACUGUGCCGUGGUGGCAUUGGCCAUCCUGUACGGUUUCUGCAUCAUCCCAGAGAACAUCUGCAACAUCGUCAGCGUGUACAUGGCGACUAGUGUUCCCAGAAGAACCCUGGACAUCCUGAACGUGGUCAGCCAGCUGCUGCUCUUCUGUAAAUCUGCGGUGACACCGGUGCUGCUGCUCUGCCUGUGCCAGCCGUUCACCAGAGCCUUCCUGGACUGCUGCUGCUGCUGCUGGGAGGAGUGCGGCCCACCCCGAUCCCACACCCCCGCUGCCACCAGCGACAUCGAGUGCACCACCACCGAGCUGGAGCUGUCACCGUUCAGCUCCAUCCGCAGGGAGGCGUCCACCUCCGCCACCUACGCUUCUGUCGGGACACACUGAGCUCAAAGACCAUCAGCAAUGAACUUGUUUUGGGUUGUUCCGCUGAGGUGAACUGGUUUGGUGGACACGCUGACAUAUCAGGCUACAAACUCCCGAAUUGUUGAACACAUUUGUGUUUACUGACAGACAGAAUGAAUAAGCCACUGUCUGUCCAUUCACUGUUUACAGGGUCUAUAGACAACAGAUCCAUGUGUUGUAGGAACUGGAUACCUCACUGUACGGUUGAAGGUUCAGUCUACACCUCGAAGUGUCCUUGAACCCCAAGUUACUCCUAGUGAUGUCACCGGUGUGAAUAUGUGUGUGUGUGUGUGUGUGUGUG